GUGUUCUGUGCAGCUAUUGCAUGAUGAUAAGAGACUCGAGAACGAAGUAUACUGUGUGAAAAGGUUCAGAAUGGCUAAGUUGUUCAGAGGGAGCAGUUUCGGGAGCGGGCUCCCAACGAAGGAGGUAUUCAGGGAAAGUUUGUCUUCAGGCAUUUGCAACACAAUGCAUCGGUCGCUCUCUGCAGAAAAUGGGUUGAAGUCGGACGAAGACUCAUUCGAGGAUGCUGCCGAGACACUGAUGCAUCCAGAUGCACAUGAGGAGGGAGGCCUCGCCAUGAACAACAGGGCCCUGCUGGAACAGCAGCGAGGAGCAAUCUUCGAGCUAAUCAGAGACAUGGGAAAACAGCUACUGACUGGCCAUAUAAAUCUGGUCAAUUUGUCCAUGCCUGUGAAAAUGUUUGAGCCCCGUUCCUACCUGGAGAAGCUGUCGGAUGUCUGGGUGCACUCACGGAUUCUGACACGAGCCGCUGCCUGCGACGACCCCGUGCUUCGCAUGAAGUGGCUGAUCACAUGGUUUGUGGCGGGGCUGCAGCAUGUUUUCCAGUCUUGGCGCAAACCAUUCAAUCCCAUAUUGGGGGAGACUUGGCAGGCUACGCUGGACGAUGGCGUCACAGUGUUCUUCGAGCAGCUCACUCACCAUCCGCCUGUAUCUGCAUUUCAAAUGAUUGGCCCAGGCAACAGUUUUGAGUUUGCGGGGUACUCUCAGCCAGAAGUGCAGUACAAGGGCAAUGCAGUCAAGACGACAGCGAGAGGGAAGCGAAGGGUGACGUUUGCAGAUGGCACUGUCGUCGAGAUAACCUACCCCAAAUACUACCUGAGAGGUGACAAAGCCCUUGAAGCCCACUCCAGUUCUGGCAAGAGUUUCUGA